ACAAUGAAUUGUUUCUUAUGGUGUUUGCAUAUAUUUCUUACAGUUAUUAGGGCCAACACACUUCUUGCUUUGGAUAAAAACAUGCCGCAGAGACUAGAAACAGACGGCAGAAGAGUUAAAGUACUCGGCUAUAAGAACUGUGUAAAUGAAAUUGUUAACGAUCUUAUUGACAAUUGGUUGUCACCAGUUGUGUAUCUCAAAAGCCGUGGAUACUUGCCGAAAGAACUUGAAACUGGGCUCCAUGUAAAUAUAGAAGGGUUACAAAAGUGCGAACUACAUUCUAAAGAGACGCAACGAAUAGCGAACUCCAAAAAACGGUUGCUUAAGCUAAGACGUUUGCGAGCAAUGCGAUCAGCAGAUAAUGAAAAAUCAACUGAAAUGAAAAAUAUGUUUCGUGAGCUGUUUUCGUCGAAAAGCGAUAUAUCGGAUGAAAUAAGGUCCAAAUUGGGUGUCAGUUGGGAUAUGAAUGCACUAAAAUCAUCAGCACACAAAGAGGCAAAAAAAUUUUAUGACAAAUAUUUUAAUAAGCCAAACGAGGAGAUCAAUCAGCCGAGUUGUAUGGAUCCGAAAAUGUUGGACCAACAAGUAUCACAAUUUUAUCCCUCAGUAGGCGGAAAUGGCAAUGUAUCCAAAAGCAAGAAAACUAUUGAGCCGUCAUCCAUUAAAAAGCCGCAUUAUUUAAAUGGAGUAGCAAAAAUUCUUGGCCAUCGUGAUUUAAUGAAUCAAGCGAAAGUGACACUGGACCGCAAUACCGCUGAGAGAAGCGGCCAGAAUCGUAAAUUCUGAAGCCUUGCAAACGCAUUAUUUUUACGAAGUUGAGUUAUAUUUUCUAUUUUAUAUAAAUUUUUUAU